GGGAAACGCUCCGGUGACCCCCGCCCCCAAGCACGGUAGCCGUAAAGCAGAGGUGCGUGCAGAGGUUGCCGGGGUAGUGCACGUGUCUGGUGUCACUGCUAUGGAAGCCAAAGGUAAAAAGAGAUUCAUGGGAAAAAAUGGAAAAGCACCACAAAGAAAACAUAAAUUUAAAAAAGACAAUGAUUCUGGUCCACCGAAGAAGUUUCAUAGCAAAGGAGGUGAAGAAGGAAAGCCUAAAUUCAGAUCCAAGAAGUCUGAGAAAGGAAACAAAAAACUUGGUAAGGCAAGUGGGAAACAAUUCAAGAGUAAGCAGCAACCAGAAAAGUUCACUAGAAAGAGAAAACUCCAGGAGGAUAAUGAGAGUGGGUCGGUACCUAAGAAGCCUAAAUGGGAUGAUUUAAAAAAGAAAAAGAAGGAAUUAAAGCAGAGCAGACAACUUAAUGACAAAACAAAUUAUGAUGUAAUCAUCAAAUCAAAACAAAUAUGGGAAAGUGUGAGAAGGAAAAACUGUGACAAGGAGAAGCGAGAGAAGCUAAUAAAUGAACUACAUAAACUUCUUCAGGGGAAAAUUAAAACUAUGGCAUUUGCACAUGACUCAACUCGAGUUAUCCAGUGUUUCAUUCAGUAUGGCAAUGACAAGCAAAGGCAAGAGACAUUUGAAGAAUUAAAAGAUAGCCUGCUAGAAUUGAGCAAAUCCAAAUAUUCCAGAAAUAUUGUAAAGAAGUUUCUUAUGUAUGGAACAAAACCACAAGUUGCAGAAAUAAUUAAAAGCUUUAAAGGUGAGGUAAAAAAAAUGCUUCGCCAUUCUGAAGCAUCUGCUGUGGUAGAGUAUGCAUACAAUGAUAAAGCCAUUCUGGAGCAAAGGAACAUGCUAACAGAAGAGCUGUAUGGGAAUACGUUCCAAGUUUACAAGUCCCCAGUUUACCCUACACUGGACAAAGUAUUAGAGUCUCAUCCUGAAAAGCAAGAGGCCAUUAUGGAUGAAAUGAAACAGAUUCUUACCCCAAUGGCACAAAAAGAGGCUGUGAUAAAGCACUCACUGGUACAUAAAGUAUUUUUGGACUUUUUCAUCCAUGCUCUCCCAAAACAAAGAUCUGAAAUGAUUGAAGCAAUCAGAGAAGCAGUAAUCUACCUGGCACAUACACAUGAUGGAGCCCGAGUAGCCAUGCAUGCUUUAUGGCAUGGUACACCCAAGGACAGAAAAAUCAUUAUGAAAACCAUGAAGACAUAUGUUGAAAAAAUAGCUACUGGUGAAUUCUCUCACUUGGUCUUGCUGGCAGCAUUUGAUUGCAUUGAUGAUACCAAGCUCAUGAAACAGCUAAUCAUAUCUGAGAUAAAUGGUUCUUUGCCUGGUAUUAUAAACAACAAAUAUGGAAGGAAGGUCCUGUUGUACUUGCUAAGUCCAAGGGAUCCUGCACAUUUCUUACCAGAGAUCGUCAAAAUUCUGCAACAGGGAGAUGGAAAUGCUUACAGUAAAAAAGAUUCAGAUGUCCGCCGUUGCGAACUUUUAGAAGCCAUUUCCCCGGCCUUGUUAGGUUAUCUGCAAGAACAUGCCCAAGAAGUGGUGAUGGACAAAACUACUUGCGUGUUGGUGGCUGAUAUUUUAGGAUCUGCUCUUGGUGAUAUCCAGCCUGCCAUGAAUGCAAUUGCUAGUUUGGCAGCAGAGGAGCUGGUUCCAGGUGGCAAAGAUGGGCAGCUUCACAUCGCAGAGCAUCCAGCAGGCCAUCUGGUUCUGAAAUGGUUAAUAGAGCAAGAUGAAAAAAUGAGAGCUAAUGGAAGAGAAGGAUGUUUUGCAAGAACAUUGGUGGAAUGUGUCAGCCUUAAGAAUAUGAAGUCCUGGGCAGAAGUAAAUCGAGGUGCCAUGAUUCUUUGUUGCCUUCUCCGAAGCACAGAUCAAGAAGUGGCAAAUAAAGUCAAAGGAGGACUAAAAAGCCUCAUUCCGCAAUUGAAAUGCAAUAAAAAUGUAAAAGGAAUAGAGGCUCUGCUAGAGACGUUAACUUCCUAAUUUAAAUGAGGUUCAGAAAGACCAGUUUCUUAUCAUUGUAACCAAAUACAAGUCAGUGGAGGUUUUGCACAGUGUUUGAUUAUUUUUGUAAUAUCCUUUGUAAAAGUGUAUUUGUAAAUUAAACUGUUUUUAAAAUGAUUUGGCUGUUCUGCUCAUAAAUCCAGUUGUCUCUAGUUUCAGAACCUGAAUGACACUGAAUCCAUCAUCAGGGGAUUUUAAGCUCCGGCAGACUAAUAACCGCUUAUCAAGACAUCUGAACAUCUAGCUCAAAAUUUAAAUCUCUGCUUGUUUUUCCCAUUAUCUUGUAUAAAAUCGAUUUAUACUGCUAAUAAUUAUAUAUACUUCUUUUAAAAGUGAUCACCUAAUUACUGUAUAAACUGAAACACAUCUUCUGGAGAUAUUCUUAUUUACUGGACAAAUCCAUCCGUUCUUAAUAAUGAUCUUCUCCAUCUGGCUGACAUUGUUUUAAAAAAAUAAACAAAAACAAAAUCCUGUCCUGUCCUGUUGAACAGAGAUGGAUGUGACAUGCACAGUUAGAGAGCUCCUGAUAGUAGCUCUCAAAAAUUGCUUUGGCUUUGCAAAUAGAUCUGAAAGGGGUCAAUAGUUAUUUGUAAUGGGUUAUGCAGAUUUCUUACCGGCAAGAUGCUUUUCCUUCACUCCUCCACUAAGCAUAGGCUUUUUUAGCUUAACAUUUGAGGUGUUCAGCAAAUGGAAUUUUCUGUUUGUCUCCUCCUUUUAGUGGAAACAAAAAUGAAUUUAAUGAGCACAUUUAAUUUACUUACAAUUACUGUUGGCUGAUAAAUUUUAACUAGCCUUGAGAAAGUAGAAAGGUACAGUGCUGCCAACCACAACAUGCAUAUAAUCUCUUGGCACAGCAGAAUGUAGAAAUAUGAAAUAAAACACAGGGUAAUCACAUCUGGCACAGGAUUAAGUCAUUUCCUUAUAGGAUAUAUCCUUGGCUAGUAUUUGAGCACUUGCUCUCGUGAGCAGUCCCAGUGAAGUCAUUGAGAGUAAGGCAUGCAGGAUCCAAGCCCUAGUGUUUGAGCCCAUCCCUGCUCCUAGUAAAUUUGUGGAAUAUGGUAACUUACUUUUCUGAGAGCAGCACUGGGCCCAUAGUUAGUGAAAUACUGUUGAGGUUUUAAUCUCCCCAAAAUGAGAAAACUCAGGGUUAAGAUUUGCAUUGUGACAGUAUAUUUACCUCCUAUACUUGUGCAAUAUUGCAGCUUUUAAUUACAUGAAGGUAUAAGUCAGGAAAUGUAACAUAGUAGCUGCAAGUAUUUAUAUUAAAAGUAUAAGUCAGUAAUGCAGGUUCAGAAAUUAUCACUUGAAGGAUGAAAUCUUGAAAUGGCUUGAAACUUUCAGUAAUAUUGAAGGGCUGUAUAUUAAAAAUUUGCUAUAUUUA